AUGUCGCGCGCACGCCGCCUGCAGCCUGACAUGAUGGAACUCUCCAGCCAAUCUCCUCACGCUUUGUCAAACCUAACCGUGCGUCUUGCGAUGACGUGUAUUCGCGAAGAGGUGAACGAGUAUCAGCACCAGUCGCCUGUGCACUUUGAGCUAGCGAUUGAAGUGCAACAGGUCCAGAGCGCGUCGCCGAACAAGGCGAAGAAAGUGGAUGCAAGGCACUUGACUGUACAGAUCCAGGUCAUGAUCGAAGGCAACACCGUCUAUCAAGGUCGCCGCGCCCUCCCCCUCGACUGCAGCGUGACCUGGCGAACUUAUCCAAUGGUAGGCAAGCCAUGGUGCAGUGGUGUCACUGCUCCCAAUGGAGGCACAAUGGAUCUAGAGAAGUUCCUCAACUCUACCUUUCCUCCAUUCGAUCCUCCAUUGGGACAAGAAUCGCUGUGGCACUGGUGGCUGAUCAACGGCAAGACCUUUGAGUGGUCCAUACUCCCCACCGAGUUGAAAACGCGUAUCAUCGCAUUCUGCAUUCAGCAGCCGCCCACUUACGGCAUCUACAGAGAGAAGCGGGUGCGUUUCGACCAGAACCAUAGGAUAGGUCGCAAGUCACCGAUGCCUGGUCCGUACGAGAUCGUCAACCAACUCCGAGACUGGUAUUCACUGCUGUAUGUGUCACAUCAGGUGAGAGCUAUCACGUUGCAGCUCUGUAUCACUGGUGGAAGCGCCGUGGGCACGAAAGGUUUAUGCAUCCCAGUAUACACGAUCAAGGAACUAUCCGACAGCCUCCGCCGACUUAGGAAGUACUACCAGAUGGUCGACAACAACGGUACGCCAACUACCCCCGGAGAGGAAGCUCUGUCGAAGUGCUACGACCAGUUUCCUCGUCUCUACCCACAGCUGCGACAGUACGCUACCUUCCGCCACGGCAUACAGAAAAUCGCACUGGCUAUGGACUUUCUCUCGUUCAUGCGCUUUUUUGAAGUGGAGGUUGGAGGCUUCGUACAAUACCAUAACGCCCGAGGCACGACGUACCACAUUUUCGAAGGCUUGCCAUGUCUCAACGAGAUCGCUGUCCGCCUACCUGCGCGCCCGCUUAAGGGUUGGCGGAACAAUCCGUAUACUGGAGGCCCGCAACUCUUUCACCACGACAGGCCUUGCCCUAGGGUUCUACACAGGGUCAUAUAUGAGCGUAUUGCUGAGGUACUGGCCUCCUACAACAACGUGAAGGUCGGGUACUUCAUUGAUGGCAGCGAGGAAAACCACUUCUUGUCAAGGAGGGCGGAGGCAGUUAAGGCUAUCAAGAUCACCAGGAUUGAGCUUGACGAGCUGUACGCCGAAGAUAACGGGGGUGUCGAGCUGCCGGAGGGGAUGGAGCUGGGAAUGCAAUUGCAAGAGAAUGUCAAGAAAGGACAUGUGGAGUCUGGUUAUUCGGGAGAGCUUCAGGAUGAUUUCUUCCCUCCGUUGUGUCAUUGCGACAAGCCUUGCGCUAACUCUCCAACGUUAUUGAGGAGAGACUAG